AUCCCUGCACAAUCCCGGGAUGCCCAGACUCAUUUCGGGACAGCUGGCUGCUGAAGAGCAUGAAGCACAGGCGCAUCGAAUGCAUUUGGAAUGGCUAGCUGGUGAGAAUCUGAAGCGGAAGUUCCGAAAAGACCGACCAACAUGCAAAGAGACUGAUUGCCCUGGAAACGGAGAAGGUCUUCAGUAGACCACAGUGGGAACGUCAUUGCACCAACUACCCAACAUACCAUGGGCCUACCAGUAAAGGGAAAGCUGGCAUGAUCGAAGGUGAGCUGAAUGCCUACAUCAAAGCUCAUCCCGCCCUUUUCGAUGGUUCCCUGUCCGCGAAAGUCAUGGCUGUCGAUAUAUCUCCGGAUGACGACGUGACUGAGGAUGAUUAUGAUGAUAUUGAGAGGGGAGAAAUCGAGAAUGCAGAAGAGGUUGGCAAUGCUCAAGUGCUGGGCCGCAAUGCCAUGCGUUAUUUUCUGAAGGACGACGAUACAACAAUCGCGAAGACUGGCGGUCUAGCAUGCAAUGGACCAGAGCGAUCUGGAAAGACGCCGUGCCCAUAUGAGCAUACCAUCAGUGUCAGGACGGCUUGUUUCUAUCUCCAAGGGCCAAGCUUUUACCUCAACUCACGCUGCAUGAAGUGUUAUGCGUCCCUCAGUCGCAGAAAAGUGGCAAAAGCUCUCGACAGGCCUCCAGAGUCUGACGAAACUCAGCUAUGCCGCCGACGCCUCACCUGCAUGAACGUCAAUUCCAGCAUCCGAAUUGGCUGCGAACCGUGCAUCAAACUGGAUACGAAAAAGAAAUUGUUAUGGGAGAGACAGGGGUCUUGCAAGACCAACACACACGUUGGCCGUGGCGGCGACAUCACCAACCCAGUCGACAUGAUUGAGUAUCUCAGCAAAACCGACUUCCCAAUGCCCAGAUACUUUGACGAGUUGCGUGCCAUGCUUAAACCGGACAAAACGCCCAGUUGUGAAAGCGUAAAUCCAGCUGGAUCUCGUGGAAAGAGCUUCGCUUUGGACACAGAAUGGCUACAAUUCGGGCAGCACGGAACUUUUCUUCUGUCCAUAUGUGUCAUGACGCUUCCAGAACGGCGAAUAGUGGUCAACCAUCGAGUGGAGCUCCCCAUUCCACAGCAGGACUUCAAAGAGCUCUGCAGGACUUUCCCAUCGAGACUCGACCUGAUGAAGCAUUACAACAAGCACUACCACAAGCAAGGCUCUUGCUCCCAUCUCCCCGUGGUUGACGGGAAUGGAUUACAUCAACUCCUCGCAGCAGCAGGGUUCGGUCCAGAUUCCCGAAUGAUCGAAUGGUCAAAUGCGUGGUGUGAUUGGAGAAUGCUAUACUGCUACCUUGAGACAUACAACAAACAAGAUAUCAUGCCUGCUAAGAGCAACUCAUUGAGGGUAAUCUUCACAUGGAUGGAUCUAUUGCCUGGCUUUGCAACCCACAAAUUAGACGUCCUCGCGCCAUGCGUCCUUGGUGAUGAGUACGACGACAAUGCCCACUCCGCGGACUCUGACACCAUCAACUUGAUAGCGAUGGCAGAGAAGGCAGUAUCCCUACGGAUUGGAUAGACUCGCUCGAAAACCGGCAUCUUCACAAUUUGAGCAUGGGACACAGCAUCACGACAGGCCUACAACCCCCUCCUAAUCAGUUGUCACAUUUGCCAAUUCGUACGCCUUCGACGGCGGAGCGACCCGCGGAGCGACCGAGCCUAAGGUGCGGACACCGACUCCACCCCCGCAACCGAACAAGUCUUCACGCAGCUUGAGUAAGAACGCCCUGCUUCGACGCCACCACCAAAACUGGGUAGGGAAUAGAGAAAAAGAG